AUGUCCACAACCAAAGGCCUCCCGUACAUCCUCGAGGACCGCACCGGGUCGCUCACCGCGACCGACUUCGACGACAUCUACGACCGCCUCUUCCUGCGCGUCGCGCACACGCCGCAGGGCCUGCCCGCGGUGUACGACAUGGGCCGGCGCUCCGCGUCGUCGCGCGCGGACGACCGCCGGCACUUCCGCUACACGCCUUCCGUGGUGAUGCAUUUCGGCGAUGGGAGCGGGGCGCUCGGGAGCGUCGCGUUCGUGGACCCGCCGGCGUCGCUGCCGAUGGGGAAGUACCUCCGGCGGGCAUCAUUCCUCGGAGGGUCGCUAUCUCGAAAGUUCAAGGCGUCGGACGGACAGGAGUACAAGUGGAGCUACCGGAUAGUGGAGGGGCAAGAAUGGACGUGCACGAGCGCCGACAACGUCCUCGUCGCGCACUACAACCUGAGGCCACCGCGCAAGCCCGCGUACGGGUCGUCAGGGAACAUCCUCACGAUAUACGACGAGUACGCGCACCUCGCUCUGGAGAUCGUCGCGUCCCUGACGAUCAUGAGGUACAUAAAAAAGCAUAACCUAUGA